CCCGCGGGCUCACUAACAGGAGAGAACUGGGCGUGCCGCAGCUUCGUCACGCCCCAGGACGUGGUCGAGGGCGUCUACAAGCUCAACGUGACCUUCGUGGCCAACCUGUUCAACAACCACCCGGGGCUCGACAAACCGGAGACGCUGAACCUGGAGGGAAUCGACCACAUCGAGGAGACGCGGGAGAAGAAGACCUACAGGAACUGGAUGAACAGCAUGGGGGUCAAUCCGCACGUCAACUGGCUCUACUCCGACCUCGCCGACGGAAUCAUUAUCUUCCAGCUCUACGACAUCAUCCGGCCGGGCAUUGUGGACUGGAGGAGGGUGCACACGAAGUUCAGCAAACUCAAGCGCUUUAUGGAGAAGCUUGAGAACUGCAACUACGCCGUGGAGCUGGGGCGGACGCUCAGGUUCUCGCUGGUGGGCAUCGCGGGGCAGGACCUGGCUGAUGGGAACCCCACGCUGACGCUGGCCCUCAUCUGGCAGCUGAUGCGCGCCUACACCCUCUCCAUCCUCACGCAACUCGCCGACUCGGGCUCGCCCAUCGUGGAGGCCGAGAUCAUUACGUACGUCAACGCGAAGCUGCAGCAGGCGGGGAAGAAGACGUCCCUCCGGAGCUUCCAGGACGGGAGCCUCAGGGACGCGAUGGCCGUGAUCGAUCUGGUCGAUGCCAUUAACCCCGGGACGGUGAAUUACGAUAAUGUCAGGACGGGCGGGCAGGAGGAGGUAAACAUCGCCAACGGCCAAGUAGCGAUCUCUAUGGCCAGGAAGAUCGGCGCGCGCAUCUACGCCCUCGCCCGAGGAAGACAGGAAGUAAGGAAGAUGAUCAUGACGGUGUUUGCCUGCCUCAUGGCUCGGGACUACAUCCCCAACAUGGAUGCCAAGAAGAACUAAGGAGAGGAGGAUGAGGAUGAGGAGAGGAGGGAAAGAGGAGGAAGAGGAUGAGGAGAGGAGAAGAG